AAGUAGCUUUGUACCAAGUAUCUCGGUAUCCCGGUACCUACCUAGUACCCAGGCUACCCUACCUACAGGCUACAGAUACAUACAUAUGUACACAUGUAGAGUAUCUUGGCACCCAUUUGAAGUGGAAAACAACAUCCCCGCCCAACGCAGAGGUGCAAAGCAAAGACAACAAUUUACAGACCACACCCCUGUCGAAAAAAAAAAUCAACCAUCAUAGUUGAACAUAAAAGACAAGGACUCGCUGUUUGGUCAUUGUCUAUUUAACUCUUGGCCGGAAAUCGGUGCCUGACUCACACAACACAACGAAAAAUAAUUGCAAUCUAUUGCACCAUUACUACCUAUUACUAUAACACUACUAUAACACUAUAACACCAUUACCACAAUACAAAAUGGGUUCUACUAUCUCACCCUCGCCUUUCCACUCCCCUUCACAUCUCUACUCUACCACCCAACAACCCACACCAGCCUCACCAGCACCAAGGAGGAAGGUCAUGUCUAUUACCCAGACUUACUUUCUAGCCCACAAGGCACGAGCUAAGCUCUCUAGCGAAGCUGCCCGCCCUGAUCACAACCUUCGUCUACUUGUCGGUCACGCCAAUCUGUUGGACUCCCUGAUGAUCGACCUGGCCGAAGCUGAGCGGGAACAAGAGAGCUGGUUCAACCAAUCUGUCAGAGUAGCUACACCCAAGACGGAGCAAAGGCACGUGCAAUUCGCCGACAACGUAACUAUGGAGGACGAUUGGGAGGCCGACUCCUCGGACUCGGACAGUGAUUCAGAUGAGGAGGAGGAUGAGGAUAUCGAGAUGGCAGAUGCACUACCACUUCAACGGAUACCUUCCCACCCACACAUACCAUCCUCUCCCCAAUUACACACAAUCGAUGAGGAUGAUGACGAUUUCGAGGACGACGACGAGGACUUCGAGGACUACGACGCCUUAUCUCUCACACGAUCACCAUCCCACAUGGUAACGUCACCGCCUGAGUUAGAACUCGACUCGGACUCCUCAGAAGACGAAUCGAUGCCUCCAUCACCACCAGUAGCAUCAAUACCUACCUUCUCGGAGAAACAGAGGGAGAGCACACUCACAACCAAGUACUACGACCCGAGGCAAGACGAAGAUGAAGAAGAUAAUAAGGCCGACUUUUACAACGAAGGAUAUUACCUGCCGCCGCGAAAUACAUCGCGAGUAGUAUCCACAAUAUCGGUGUACUAGUUAGCUAUCCUACUAUCACCACCACCACCACCACCACCAUAACUACAACUACUAUUACCCCUUACGACCACAAUUACACCACUACUCUCUACUAUUAUCUUAUUAUUAUCUCUUCAUCAUGACUUGCAUCAGCAUCGGGUCCGGUUGACAUAAUGUGUUUCUUCAUCUGCAUC